GGGCGUGGGCCGCCGCCCCUCAGCGGGGACCCGGCUGUGCGGGGCGGCCCCGGUCAGCGCAGGGAGAGAGGCUUCAGCCACAGCCGCUCCGUCCCUCCCGCUCGGAGCAGGCACCGGCUCUCCCCUGAAAGCCCUGUGAAGAGUUAAGGUUUUUUCUGAGGGGACGGAGACCUCACGCCGGUCUCUUGGGUGACCCGGCGAAGGCGAGGUUGGGGGGACAUGUGGUGGCCCCCUUGGCUGGCCGCCUGGCUGGCCUGGGCUGCCGGCGCCGGGCGGCCGCCCCCACUGUGCGCCACCGGCGGGCUCUGCCCGGCUCCGCUCGGCCCCAACGCCUCCCGGCCGGAGCCCGGCUGCUGCCGGCCGCAGCGGGGGGCGGCCGACCUGUGCUCAUGGCCCCUCUCCUCCGACAGCCUCCGAGAUCCUUUUCCAAUUGAUGUGAUCCAGGAAAAUUAUGUCCGUAAUGUGAAAAACUGUAUUUUUUCAAUUGUGUAUCCUACACCUUUUAAAUCUAGAGUUCGUCUUGUAGCUGUUUCAAAGGUAGUUCUUGAAAAUAUUUUGGAUCUUGAUAUAUCUGUCACAGGAACACCUGAUUUUCUUCAGUUUGUCAGCGGUGGGAAAGUGAUACUUGGGUCUAUUCCAUUGGCCCAUAGAUACGGGGGUCAUCAGUUUGGUAGCUGGGCAGGUCAGCUGGGCGAUGGAAGAGCCCACUUGAUCGGAGUAUAUACAAACAGGCAUGGUGAGAGGUGGGAACUACAGUUAAAAGGGUCAGGAAAGACCCCAUACUCCAGGAAUGGCGAUGGAAGAGCUGUGCUUCGCUCUUCUGUGCGAGAAUUUUUGUGUAGUGAGGCCAUGCACUAUCUUGGAAUUCCUACAAGCAGAGCUGCUAGCUUAGUUGUAAGUGAUGAUGAUGUAUGGAGAGACCAGUUUUACAACGGAAAUAUUAAUAAAGAAAGAGGUGCAAUAGUGCUACGUCUUGCCAAAUCAUGGUUUCGUAUAGGAUCGUUGGAAAUCUUAGCUCAUUCUGGAGAACUGGACUUACAAAGAAGAUUGCUAGACUUUAUCAUUCAGGAGCAUUUUCCAUCAAUAGCCAUGAAUGAUUCGAACAGAUACCUGGAAUUUUUCUCUACAGUCGUAUCAGAGACUGCAAACCUGAUUGCGUUGUGGAUGUCUGUGGGGUUUGCACAUGGUGUGUGCAAUACAGAUAACUUCAGUUUAUUAUCCAUAACAAUAGAUUACGGUCCAUUUGGAUUUAUGGACUCGUAUGACCCAAAUUUUGUUCCAAUCACAUCUGAUGAUGAAAGGAGGUAUAAAAUAGGAAACCAGGCAAAUGUUGGGCUGUUUAAUCUGAGCAAGCUGUUACAAGCUCUAAAACCUUUAUUGGAUCCCAGGCAAAAGCAGCUAGCUUCCCAGAUUUUGGAGGGAUAUGGUGAGCACUAUCACAUCCGUUUCACAGAACUAUUCAAAACAAAACUGGGUCUUCUUGGGGAGAAUGAGGAUGAUAACUAUUUGAUUGCUUUCCUCCUAAAACUUAUGGAAGAUACAAAGGCUGACUUUACAAUGACAUUUCGACAGCUCAGUGAAAUUACUGAAGACCAGUUAAAGGAACUCCAUAUUCCUGAGGAGUUCUGGGCUCUCCAGGAUCUGGGUAAACACAAGUUAUUUUCAGACUGGGUUACUAUGUACCUCUUGAGAUUAAAUCGUAACAAGGGUGAUUCAGACACCAAGAGAAGAACUCGAAUGACAACUGUUAACCCUAGAUACAUUCUGAGGAAUUGGAUGGCAGAAUCAGCAGUGCAAAAAGCUAAUUUGAAUGAUUUCUCAGAGGUUCAUCUUCUACAGCAGAUUUUACAGCAUCCCUUCCAGAGACAGCAGGCUGCAGAGAAAGCAGGCUACUCCCUGCGCCCCCCAGCUUGGGCCAAGGACCUUAAAGUCAGCUGUUCAUCCUGAGAGGAAUUCAAACAAGCCAGUAAAAUCAUCAAGGUCAAAGCUCACACCUUCAAACUGGAUUAAUGGAUCAAACCACAGGAACUUUUCUCCCUUGUACUUUGUGGACUGGAAUCUGCUACUCUGCGAGGCAAGACAGCUUGACCAACUUUAUAAAAGUCUGAAGAUUAAAGAAAUGGACCACUAUGUAUGGUUGCAUCGGCAAGUUAUAUUGGUGUUUAUAAUUCUGCCCUUCGUAUUCAUCUGUGCAUUAAUUUGAGUCCCAAUGUUUAAGUUCUGCCAAACUGUCACACUUAACCUCUCAGAAUUCAUGGCCGAUCAGGUGGGUCUCAAUAAGUUUUAGUGGCUGGUCAAUUUAAAAAUCCAUCUAAGCUAAUUCUAAUCAUGCAGUAUUUUGAUGAAUGUUCUUGCUGUUACACACUGUUGAAAUAUAAUUAUAUUCUGAAGACAUAAAUGUUCUUAAGUGUUUUGCAGAGUUGGAACAGAGGAUCAUCUUACAUUUAGACCUUUUCUCUUUUUGACCUUGUUUUCUCCCAUUAAACUGCCAAUAAAGGUUUAAAGGAAAUUCAAUUAAAUAGUGAGCAAAGA